AUGGCCAAUGCAACCAAUCUCCUCAAAGGCGAGCCUAGGCUAACACAUGAAGCAGUGUGCAGUAUCAGGAGCCUGUCUCUAACUGGUAUUACUUGGAACGGAACAGUCAACCACUACAUGCAACGAGACUCUCCUAGAAGCUACCUCCAAGCAUCCAUCUCCUACCAUGCUGACCGUGCAGCCGCACAGAAAGUCAUCGGGCUCGACUCGAGUGCCCCGAUAAAUGGCCCGCCCGAUCAAGGGCUCGAUGCACUGUCAAGUGCAAUGCGCGACGACUGCCCGGGGUGCUUUCAAUGGCUCUGUCAAUUACUAGGCGGGCCAGGUUUACACGGAUGUAACGGCCACAGCUGGACAUACCUGAGUCUGACGAUCGACGCCUGCGCCGUAAACACUCUACGCUAUUUCUUCAGCACAGGCCCGGCCCCUGUGUUUCCCAUUGACUACAUCUGCCAGAAUGGAAGUGAUGCUCUUCCGCCGGAUAUUCCCCUGCAGCGCGCCGUUGACUGCGAGACCCUAGAUAUCAUUGAUCUGCUACUGACUAACCUCGAAGCACACCCGUAUCGCCGGCGCGAUUCGCCAGUGUCACCCGUGACCUCGGACGCUUAG